CAGAUGACCUGAGAUUGAUUCUGUCUUUUUAUGUGCUUUUUUUCCCUUCUCUCUUCCUCCCUGUGUUUGUAACCGGGGGAAUACUGGAUCUGUCUUUACAAUGGGACCACAUUGGAAUGAUCAACACAACGCAGCUCAACAAAAGAGUUUGGAAGGAUACGUUGGCUUUGCAAGCCUCCCCAACCAAGUGUACAGGAAGUCUGUCAAGAGGGGGUUCGAGUUCACCCUGAUGGUCGUGGGUGAGUCAGGACUGGGGAAGUCUACUUUGAUUAAUUCUCUGUUCCUAACAGACCUGUAUUCAUCAGAGUAUCCUGGACCUUCACACAGAAUCAAAAAGACUGUACAGGUGGAGCAGUCGAAAGUGUUAAUAAAGGAAGGCGGUGUCCAGCUGCUGCUCACAAUAGUUGACACCCCAGGGUUCGGAGAUGCUGUUGACAACAGCAACUGCUGGCAGCCAAUCAUUGAUCAUAUAGACAGCAAGUUCGAAGACUACCUGAAUGCAGAAUCCCGGGUGAAUAGACGACAGAUGCCUGACAGCCGAAUCCACUGCUGCCUUUAUUUCAUCGCUCCCUCGGGACAUGGAUUGAAGCCCUUGGACAUUGAGUUCAUGAAACGGCUGCAUGAGAAAGUCAAUGUCAUCCCGCUGAUCGCCAAAGCAGACACUCUCACCCCAGAGGAAUGCCAACAGUUCAAGAAGCAGAUCAUGCGAGAAAUCCAAGAGCACAAAAUCAAGAUUUACGAGUUUCCUGAGACAGAUGAUGAAGAAGAGAACAGACUGGUGAAGAAGAUAAAGGAUAAGCUGCCGCUGGCUGUGGUGGGAAGCAACACCAUCAUCGAGGUGAACAGCAAGAGAGUCAGAGGAAGACAAUACCCCUGGGGGGUUGCAGAAGUUGAGAACGGUGACCACUGCGACUUCACCAUCCUCAGGGACAUGCUCAUCAGAACUCACAUGCAGGACCUGAAGGACGUGACAAACAACGUCCACUAUGAGAACUACCGCAGCAGGAAGCUGGCCGCUGUCACCUACAACGGAAUAGACAACAACAAGGCUAAAGGACAACUGUCCACCAAACUUGAGACAGUUGAAGGAAUGAGUCCCCUCGCCCAGAUGGAGGAGGAGAGGCGAGAGCAUGUGGCCAAGAUGAAGAAGAUGGAGAUGGAGAUGGAGCAGGUGUUUGAAAUGAAAGUCAAGGAGAAAGUGCAGAAGCUCAAAGACUCUGAAACGGAGCUUCAGCGGCGUCACGAGCAGAUGAAGAAGAACCUGGAGGCUCAGCACAAAGAGUUGGAGGAGAAGAGACGUGUCUUUGAGGAGGAGAGAGCGAACUGGGAGGCUGAGCAGCGGAAACUCGAGGCCACCAAGACUCUGGACAAAAACAAAAAGAAAGGCAAGAUCUUUUAAAGACAGUCGGCAGGACCACCCCAACUUGUUAUUUUGGUUUGCCAACGUUGCCGGUCAGGACGAGUGGCACUGACACCCCCACCCCCUUCUCCUCUUCUCCCCUCGCCUGUUCUCCUCCUUCUCUUCUCUGCUCCACCUGCUCCCAGCCACUAGAGGGCGUACUGGGAACAGUACUGGGAACAGUUGUAGUUGUUGUGAUGGGAUGGAGGGUCUGAGUGCAGCCUGAACCGCUGCCACAGAGCCCCAUCCCUGCCUCGGGACUCAAGGAAUGUGUUUACCUUAACAACAGGAAAAAUAACAAUAAAUAAUAAGUAAGGCCAAACCCAUAUUAUUAUUUUGAUAAUUAUUAUUAUUGUUGAUGUUUAUUAUUAUUAUUGUUGUUGUUAUAACGCAAUACUGUCCCCUUCUAUUGCUUUUUCCCCCCCUUUCAAGGGUUGCUUUUAAAUGACUCUUUUAUGAAAAGCAAAGAUGCAACGAAUGCCAAUGAGUCACGUCUGGCCCUAGAACAAUCAGAUUCUGGUGAAUUUAUGUUUACAGGAAAAAAAAGAGAGCAGCAGUAUUUGAACAUUAAUCUGGUUUUCAUGUAUUGAAGUGAGAGGGAGACGAGGCAUUAACUAAUUCUCCCCGUUUUGUUUUGAGAGUUCCUGCUAAACCAGCCCCCCUCGUCCCAAAACUGCUGCAGGUUAAAAUGAGACGUGUCAACAGAAAACCCUGAGGUCAAGAAAAAUGAGAUAAAAUGCACCUUGGGCUUUUUUAUAGACUAAAAAAAAAAAUCAUGGCUAAAGCUUCUUUUAUUCUGAAAUGUAACAAUUUUUUUUUCCUCUGUUUAGCCACUAGCUUUGGACCACCAUUUAUAACGUCAUAAGUGUUAUAUUUCACUUUAGUUUAUUUUUAUAUAUACCGAGCCAGCCGAAGUAAUGACUUCUUUUGUAUGUUUGGAAAACCCUCAGAGACUGACAGCAGCGUCCUCUGUUAAAACCAUAUAAAAAAUGAUCCUGGAUGCAUUUAAACAUUAAAGAAAAAUAAAAUAAAAAAAAUAAAAAAUGGAGUCAUUCUGUGGGAAAUGAAGAGUCAGCACCACAUUCUGCUUUGGCUAUGUACUCCAUCUCUGUAUUUCUAAAUUUAUUUUUCAUUUGUAAUGUACAAAGUCACUUAAUAAACUUGUGAUGGUA